GCAGUAAACAACAAGAGAUGCAAAUUGCAAUCCUUUGGUUCAUGUUCAUGGUUUCACAAGCACGUACACCUCCGCCUCCGACCGAAGCUUUCAAGAACGUGCGGAAAUCUUCUUCCGAUAAUGGUAUUGUUUGUGAUUUUUUUAAAGGAAAAGGUUGAAGACAUACUGCAGUAACCAUGGCUCAUCUGAGCCCAAGCCUUGCAGAAGCGGUGGACUUUUUUGUGAUGAGGAAAUUUGUUGAGUGCUUUGAUAAAUGCUGUGCUGUUAUUAAAACAGCGAAAUGUGAGCCGGAACAUGAAAGAAAUCAAGAAGUUAUAGAAGCAUCAGCGGCUCUGGGUAUUCAAGCUCUUGCAGAGACAAACCUAUGGGACCAUGCUGUGUCAUUCAUCUCAGAUGUAUACGGCACCAUUGACAUGUGUCCACCUCGAAUCAUACAAGUUUGCAUUCUUUUACAUGCACAUGUGAGAGAAUACUUACCAUGCCACAGUCUGGUGCAGCACUGGUUUGAAAACCCGCAGAACCGCAUGAACAAACAGUGUGCUCAGGUAAUACGGAUAUUUGCCAGUCACAUUUUGCAUCCAACUGGCUGUGUGGAAGCCUUGAAAGAACUGGUCGAGAAUUGUCCUUCUUUGUCCGAGCGAGAGAAAGAAUUGCUUUUGCAACUUCCUCAGAGCGGGAGAUUUAACAACGCAGAGCGACUUGGCGCAACAGAACCUCUGGUCUGCCCAAAUAGAAUCGUUCCGUCACAUGUUGGGUCUUCGGUUGUGGCACAAAGCACGGACGAUUGGUCUGACGAGUUUGGUGGAGAAGAUCGAACUGGAGGUGAUCAUACCACUGAUGGUGAAGGUCCUGAGAGACACGGAGAUGGUUCUCUUUCUGAUGUAAUCGAGUACCUGUACCACCAAGUGACCAGUUUUCUCAAGGCUCGACUAAGACCAUGGCAUCAGAGAAUUGGGCUUCUGCUCAUGGCCGUCUUCGCUGUUCUGAGUUUGAUGCAUUCUCAAACAGGAGACCCUGUAUCCAGCUUGGGACGACUCGUGAUCCUGUGGAAGACAUUCCUGGCCAGACUGCUGUGGCGUGGCAGCUGACUUUUUGACAAGACCGACAUUACCUUUACAGAUUACUUGCAAUAGAUUUUUAUAAUAAAUUUUAUGUGAUGCCCUUUUGA